AUGGAUCCCCUUAAGGCAGAACGACACCUCCAAUUCGUCAGUGAUUGCACUGGAGGUUCAGCUUUUGAAGUCAUGGGUCUUCUUUUCCUUGUUUGCUCGGUUGGAUAUCUGAGAUUCCUUUUUGAGCGAUCAUUCAUUCGGAAUGCAUCUAAAACUAUGCAAGUUUUUUUCUACACCUCUCAGCUGUUACUGACGCUAGACCUACUUGCCACGGUCGUUGCUAUCGUACUUCCCUGUACUCUCCUUUCCAAUUAUGUUCUCGAAACUAACAUCAUUCUCCUUUCCAUAAUCUUCCUGUUUCGACUUAAGACCCCGUCCAUUUCCCUCAUAAACCCCAUCACUGUCUUUCCUCACACUCUAUCUACUUGGCGUCGACUUGCUCGUGCCUUCGUACUUGUUUAUACCUGCAUCUGUAUCUACGCUGUUGAUCUACCUAUCUUCCCCCGUCGUUUUGCGAAAACUGAAAUGGUAGGCGUGAGUCUGAUGGAUACAGGCGUUGGCUUGAUUGCCGUCAUCAUAGGUUUCUCAAAUGUUGCCUUCCUCGACGCUUGUCGCCAUCGUCCUCUCCCUUGCUUCCCUCUGCUCAAGAUUGUUGUUAGGUCCGUAUUCCCCUGUUUUGCAGUGGGAAUUUUGAGGACCGUUGUGGUUAAGGCGUUGGGUUAUCCGGAGCAUGUGACGGAAUAUGGCGUGCAUUGGAACUUCUUCUUCACGCUGGCCUGCAUUCGGCUAGGUGGGUUCAUUGUGGCGUAUGCGCUGAGUUGGUUGUCCGACUUUAAUGCAAUGAAUGCGCACUUUGGUCUCUGUAUACUGCUCGCGUGCUUUCAACAAUGGGGCGUUCUGAGCUACGCGCAGAACCACCACUUCCUUCGCUUAUCCUCCCUCGCCACAACCGAGGGUGGCAGUGACAGGUCCGCAGAAGGUAUCGCAGCAUUGGUCCGUGUUAAUGCGGAGGGUCUGGUCUCGCUGCCUGGUUACCUCUGCCUCUUUAUCUACGGCACCGCCAUCGCCCUCCUCCUCCGACUCCAUCUCGACCCACCCAUCUCCCAACCCGCCGACAAGUUGAAAGUUCUCUCUUUCCAGGGCAAGGAGACUUGGCGCGGUGACCCCAAGAAGGUUGCCAUGGCAGUGCUUUUCAUUGGUGUUUUGGCGUUUCUCGUUGUGGCUGUCUAUGGUGAGAGCUCCGUUUCUCGGCGUCUUGUGAAUCUCCCAUACAUCGCUCUGCAGAUCGGUCUUCUGUCACCUCUAAUGGCGUUCUUUAUUUACUGCAUUUUCGACAUCUCCGAAGCCAAAAGAGCAAAAGCAACACGCAAAGACGUGAUACCUCUCAUCACAGUGCUCUCGGACAAUGCAAUGCUCUACUUUAUCCUUUCGAACCUCAUCACAGGACUAUUGAAUCUGCUCUUCGACACCUUAACACUCGCCGAAUGGCAGCCGGCUUGGUUCGCGACCAUGUGCCAAUUCCUUCUGCUGACAACCUACACGGUCACCUGCCCACUGCUCACACUUGCCCUCUCCUCUCUUUUUUGCACGGCACGAACCCAAUGUGGAUGA